GUACUAUGUACCUUUAAAUCAACAUGGCGGCCCCCAUAGCAGUAUGUCUAUGUUUUUCGCGAGCUGUAUAUUUUGCAAAGAGGAGUGGACCGGCACAACAAAUAUCAUCUAGAUUAAAUUGUGAUUUUCUAAUUCGACAUUUAGGAAUUGCUCAAAAGCUUCUCUUCAAGCAUUCAGAUCGUUCCCAGGGAGAUCAGGCUGCUGACAUCCCAGUUGAUAAACUUAAAAUAACCUACAGUCGGAGCAGUGGACCAGGAGGUCAACACGUAAAUAAAGUGAAUACAAAAGCAGAGGUUCGGUUUCAUGUGCAGACAGCAGAAUGGAUUCCAGAAGAGGUGAGAAAGGAGAUCCUUUUAAAGAAUAAAACUCGGAUAAAUAAAGCCGGUGAGUUAAUAGUAACUUCAGAGGUCAGCAGAAGCCAACAGAGAAACCUGGAUGACUGUGUGCAUAAAAUCUCCGAGAUCAUUAGUGAAGCCAGCGAACGACCACCAGAGCCGUCAGCAGAGGAUCUCGCCUUGAGGGCUAAAAGGUUAGAGAAAAGACAUUUAAUGAGGUUGAAGCAGAAAAAGAUCCACUCUUCGACAAAGCAAGCACGACAGGUUAAUUUCGACUGAUUUGCAGCUGUAAAUAUGAUUUCUCUUUUGAAUUUAUUGUAAAUAAGAAACAUUUUGUUUUGUGAUGAUCUGAUGUGUAAUAUUUAAAGUAAAGAGCUUUCUUUUUCUUUUUUUUUUUUUAAAUUCCCAAAGUGAUUGUAUGUAUUGAAGAGUAUUCCUAUGUGAUUAUUCAACUGUUUGUAAGUAAAUAAAUGUAAUUGUGAAAACUG